AUGAUACCGCAGAGGUCUCGAAAGCUGCCACUGAGGCAAUUUACUAGUCAAUCAACCCAGCGGCCUACCCAGAGUGGCUUGAAAAGGACAAGAUCAGGCCGGUCGUUGUCUCCUCCCGACAAUCAAUGUGAAAAGCCUGAACUCAACGACGCCACAACCCCGUCAAGAAGCGAGGGCCCCCCAAGCAAUGACGACGAUGAAGUCAUCAGCACCAACGAACAACAACAAUCUCGAGAGAAUAGCCUUUCUCACAGCCAGAUGUCUCUAGCGCAGGGAACCGAUCUACAACGACUUUUGAGAGGGAGAUUCAGCCGUUGGAGUGAUGGGGUAGAAUACACUGCGCCACCAAAGGACAGGUUGCCUCCACGAAAACGGUUUAGAACAUCACAAUGGCAGUCGGGUCUUCCGAGAGCCGACGAAGAGAAUGAUAGCGAGGAGGAAUUUGUUGUAAUUUCUCACGCAGCACGCAGAGAAGGCUUCUUUCAUCUUGCUUGCCCAUUUUACAUUCAUGCACCCGACAAACAUCAGAAAUGUCUUGUCCAACAAGAUCUGUUCUCUAUUGAGGCAGUGAUCAAGCAUCUCUUACGGUAUCAUGAUAAGCCUUUGUAUUGCCGUACAUGCUGGAAGAUUUUCGAAACGUUGACUGAUCGAGACAACCACGUCCUGGAGAAUGCAUGCAGGAGAAAGGAUCAAGAGACAUCGAUAGGGCUGACAGAAAGCCAAAAAGUGAGGUUAAUCAAGAGGGAUCGGUAUGAUGUGGGAGAAGCGCGUCGUUGGCGUCGUCUUUGGUCUACGGUCUUCCCAGGCACAGAGCAGCCUCGGUCUCCAUACCUUGAUCGGGACGAGGGACUGAAGGUUUCCAUGGUGAGGGAUUUCUGGAUUGUCGAUGGCCAGAAAUUCGUCUCUGGCUUCCUCGGUGGACUUGAAAGCCAUCUCCAUGGGAAGAGCGUAAGAAAUGACACGACUUGCCAGGAGGCGUUACGUGGUCUGGUAAACUGGGCGAUGGCACCAGAUAGCGAUUUUACUCGUCUGUCUUCGGCCAGGUGA